AUGUUUCGCGAAGCGAUUGAACGAAGACAAUAUGCUGCACAGGAAAAUCAGGGGACGAAGAGGGGCGGGAGAGUGGAAAAUAGGCACGAAAUUGUACUGAAAGAGUGCAAUGUUGCAUUUUUCGGGUUCGAAAUUGUCAGUGAAAUUGUUUGGAAGCAACGAUCUUUGACCUCAGAAAAAGAAAAACUCGCAGCAGGUGUCCCAUGUCGUCCGUGUCAAAUAUCAUUCUGCAAGAGAAACCCAAAUCUGAUGACAUCAUUUGAGGCAACAGCAAAAAGCAUGAAAAAUUCAACAGACAAAAGAAAAAAUAGUUUUGUUUUCCGAAAGAAACAUGUGCAAGCAAUUUUAGAUCAAGAAAUCAGUGCAUGA